AUGAUAGCGACCGAAGAGGAGAUGGACAGCGGAAAACUGGAUCCGCCGAAGAGGGACUACUGCGCGCACCGGCUGCUGGAGCUGCGCGGGUGUCUCAAGUCGAACUGUCCAUUCUUCCUGAGGUGCAAACACGAACUCCACACUUACCACGAGUGCGAGUGGGAGGACCAGGUCUUGAGGAUGAAGGAGUGGGAGAGGGAGAAGAGACUCAGACAAAGGGAUUAUAGGAAUGAGUUGAAGGCCAAGAGGGAGGAAGGCAAACCGAAAGCGAAGUUAAGAUCGAGAACAGGAAGUGUUGGCAACAAAGUGACAGAAAAGCAAUCUUCAGAUGAAAACAAUACCAUAGAUGACCAGCAGAUGUAUCUGUAUUUGUCGUUCGCUGCCAUUACUAUCCUAUCGUUUGGGACCAGACUUUACAAGAUAUCGGAACCCAAUCACGUCUGUUGGGAUGAGACCCACUUCGGGAAGAUGGGCAGUUGGUAUAUCAACCACACCUUCUUCUUCGACGUUCACCCGCCACUCGGGAAGAUGCUGAUAGGACUGUCCGGACACCUGAGCGGAUACAACGGCACGUUUGCGUUCAACAAACCGGGCGACAAAUAUCUGGAUCAGCCGUACGUCGGGAUGAGACUGUUUUGCGUCACUUUAGGCGCACUUAUAGUUCCCAUGAGUUUCGUAAUCGUAUGGAAACUCUCAAAAUCGAUCACUUCUUCCACUUUGGCAUCACUUCUACUUAUUUUCGACGUAGGAAUGAUAACUCUCUCGCAAUACAUACUUCUGGAUCCGAUUCUCAUGUUCUUCAUAACGGCCUCUGCGUUGGGAAGUGUUAUGUUUGGCUCUUAUGGUGAUAAGCCAUUCACUACGAAGUGGUGGUUCUGGUUGUGUUGGACCGGAGUCUUCCUCUCGUGCUCCAUAAGUGUCAAAUUUGUGGGAUUUUUCAUUAUACUUCUGGUGGGCUUCCAGACAAUCGCCGAUUUGUGGCAAAUAUACGGCGACCUCUCGAACCCAUUAUCACUGGUUGUCAAACAUUUUGUGGCUCGCGCUCUGUGUCUGAUAGCAAUACCGCUAAUACUUUAUAUGACAUUCUUCUGGAUUCAUUUGAAAGUGUUGUAUAAGUCUGGAAACGGCGACGGAUUCUUCAGCUCAGCCUUUCAGUCACAACUUGAGGGCAAUUCUCUAUACAACGCAUCGAUGCCCCGGUAUAUCGCUUACGGCGCUGUCGUUACGCUUAAGAAUCACCGCACCGGUGGAGGCUAUUUGCACUCUCAUUGGCACCUAUAUCCUGAAGGUGUUGGCGCUAAACAACAACAAGUGACCACAUAUUCACAUAAAGACGACAACAAUAAGUGGCGGAUCAAGAAAUACGACUCCGAACCCAAUGCUAAUGAAGGAGACAUUGAAUUCGUGAAGAAUGGAGAUUUGAUUCGUUUCGAGCAUUUGGUGACCACUCGUAACAUUCACAGCCACAAAGAGUCGGCGCCCGUCACUAAAAAACACUUCCAGGUGACCUGUUAUGGAGACAAUGGAACGGGUGAUGCGAACGAUGUGUUCAGAAUUGAGAUAAUUGGCGGUCGAGAGGAACAGGUGGUGGAAACGGUGACCAGUAAGAUAAGACUGGUUCACUAUCUGAUGAACUGUGCGCUACACUCGCACUCCAAACAACUUCCGAAAUGGGGUUUCGAGCAAAUGGAGGUCUCGUGUUCACCGAACCUAUUGAAUGCCAACAUCUACUGGAACUUCGAGGACAACCACUUCCCACGUCUGCCGAACGUGAGCUUCGAAGUGUAUGCGCCCUCCUUUUGGGAGCGCUUCACCGAAUCGCAUGCAGUCAUGUUUCAGGGAAAUGCCGGCCUUAAGCCUAAGGAGGGAGAGGUGACGUCCCGGCCCUGGCAGUGGCCCAUCAACUAUAAGGGACAGUUCUUUUCGGGCAACGAAUACCGCAUUUAUCUGUUGGGAAAUCCGAUCAUAUGGUGGACCAACUUCUCACUCAUUUUCAUCUAUAGUUUUAUUCAGUUCUUUAUAUCCGUUCGCCGGCAAAGGGGUUGUCUUGAGGCCCAACACAUCGAAGCACAGAAUACUCGCCUAACAAAUGCUUCCGUUUGGCUGUUCAUUGGUUGGGCUCUCCAUUACAUACCGUUCUACACGAUGGGACGGGUCCUAUACUUUCACCACUACUUCCCCGCCUCUAUCUUCAGUUCGAUGCUGUCGGCAGUGAUUAUCGACUAUAUGUUGCGAGUAAUCCCACAAUUAGUGUACCCAUCCCUCGCCCCCACUGCUUAUCACACGCUUUUAGGCGCAUUUUUGUCGGUUAUUUGUUACAGUUUCUACUUAUUCUCACCAUUGAGUUACGGUAUGUCUGGCCCUCACUCUCAUGAGUCCAAUAGUACAAUGUAUGGACUCAAAUGGCUGGACUCCUGGGAGUUCUGA